GUUGACGAUAUGAAGUAUACUGUUUCCCAUGUAGCGGAACCAGUUGAACAAGGAAUUGCAAAAAUAAAUGAAACCUUCCAUCAGAUAUCUGAAAAUGUCAAACGGCAUGAGGAGAAAAAGAGACACUCUAGGGAUGAGAGUUACAUUAUCCCCUUGAAUACAUGGACCAAGGAAUUUUCAGAAGUCCAUGAUUCUCUUGUUGAAGGUGGUAGUGUCAGUGACAGCGGCUUGGCCAGUGGUAAGAGAAACAGCAAAUACAAAGCCACAGGUUUAUAAUAUCAAGUAGGUAGAUGAAAUUCCUAUCUACCAUCAUAAAGUUUGAUGGUACAAUGAGAUUUGAAGGGGUCUAGAAGGGAAUCAAGGGAUAUAUAUAUUUGCAAGCCUUUCACAGUAUUCUCAAUGCAUCAAUAUUUUCUGGAGGUUGAAGAAGAUGGGAAGCCAAUUAUUUCUUUACUGAGAAAUGUAUAGAAGCCUUGAAAGUGUACUACUACUUGCAUUCCUCAUUUUAGUUUUGCUGUAGAUGGUACACUUCUAAUGGGGGGAAACAGCAUUUUGAAGAGAAUAUUCAUGCCAAGAUUCCCUUCAAUUGGUGGGUGUUCAGAUCAAAUGGCCGAUUCUAGGGUUCUUGGGAUUGAUUCCAGGGGAUUCCAAUCUGAUCUGAAUUGGUGGAGACUGAUUCCAUCACCGAUUCCUGUUUUUAAAACCCUGGUACUGAUAUCCAGCCAAGACCCUCCUGGACAUGAUGGUAAUGAAGCAGUGGGGGUGAAGGGAGAUAAGUACAGGUUCCAUAUUUAUGGAGAAGGAGAGAAGAACACUACAUGGAGAUUUGGUGCUCCUCCUAACUAUGAUGUUGUCAACAAGCUCUUUGAAGAGGACCGAUCUAAGGAGUGGCCUAGCGGAUCCAUUGAAGAGAAAGUGCAAAAUCUAGUUAAGACAUUUGAAAUGGAGCUCUUCCAUAAGGCUUGCCUGGAUGAUUACAAAACAAUAAACAGUCAAAAGUUCACUCUCAGCAUCAAUGGAGGGAGAUCCAUGUCUGUGGAGGAGGUUGGAAAGAUUGGAGGCUAUAACGCGUUAUUGCAAACCUCCUUGGCAGAUCGUUUACAUGCUUACAACCCAUAUACUGAGACACCUGAGUCGUCCGAUGAGUUAUUCAGAACAACAUUCCCUCGUGGUUUCGCCUUGGAAAUCCUUCAGGUCUAUUCAGGUCCUCCAGUGAUUGCCUACAAGUUCAGACACUGGGGUUACAUGGAGGGUCCUUUCAAAGGGCAUUCUCCUACUGGCAAGAAAGUAGAAUUGUAUGGAGUAAGCAUCGUCGAGGUUGAUGAUUCAAUGCGAAUUGAGAAGCUGGAUUUCUUCUAUGAUGCUGGAGAAUUGCUUGCUGAUCUUCUCAAAGGUCCUAUUUUAGAGGGAUUUGAAUAUGAUACCUCACCAAAUUCAUCUCUUGGUUGCCCUUUCUUGAAAGGAAUGUAGUUCUCUUUAAUAAAUUAUGUACGGUGAGGUGAAAAUCAUGGUUAAUGUGUCUGUGUUAUAGCCUUAUAGGUGAAGAUGUGCAAGAACGAAGAAUAAAUAUGAAAUAAAGUGCUAAUGUCUAUCUGCUCUA